AUGUUUCCCACUCGUGCUCUGCUGGGCCGAUCAGUAUGGAAAGGCCCGAACAUCGUGCCUCUCCCUCUCCCACGAAAACUGCCCCCUCCUCCCGGCACACCCCCGAUCAAGACACAGAAGCGCGGGGCCACAAUCCUACCUAAUUUCGUCGGUCUGCGGUUCGCAGUGCACAAUGGGAAGACGUACCAGGAUGUUUUGAUCACGGAAGAUAUGGUGGGGAGGAAGCUGGGCGAAUAUGUUCCUACUCGCAAGCGGUUCACGUACAAGCAGUCCAAGAACAAAUAA